UGUCUUCCCCACUCUAUAUAUUGCUCUCCCUCUCCCCUACCCUCUUCUCCAACCCCUCUGUCUAUUCACCAAAAGCCUGAGAAUUUUUUUAUAUUUAAAAAUACCCAUUUUUAAAAACUCUUUUUCUUCUCCAGCCACUAAAAUAUCCUGCAUUUCUGAUACAUAUCCUGCGAGAUAUUAAGCUCAUUGGGAGAGAACAUGGGGGGUUGUGCCACCAAACCUAGGGUGUUGAAGGACGCCGGCGCCGGCGCCGGAGCUCCGAUGCCUGAGCCGCAGAAGGAGUUGCCGGCGGUGAAAGAAGGAGCCGGGGCUGAUGAAGAGGCCAACAAACGCCGUUCUUUAAGCAACCUGUUCAAGGAGAGCGAGGAGAAGAGCUUAGAGGAUGGGAAAGAUGAGACCUAUGAAACCAAACAAUCAUCUGAUCUGUCUGCAUCCAGUCCAAAAGAAACCGAAAAGCCAAAAUGUGCAGAGGAGCAGACUCCAGCUCCAGUCGUUGAUAAUGCUCCUGCAAAAACCGAAGCACAAAAGACGCAAGAAGUUGCAUCAACAGCAGAGGUCCCGAAGCUUGAAACACCUUGCGAGGAGGAGAAAAUAGAGGACGUUAAACCAACAACAGAAGGUAAGAAGGAUGAGCCCACCGAAGAUUCUCAGAAAUCUGAAACUCCUGUGGAGGAAAAAACAGAAGAAAAACCAACGGACACCCAAAAUCCCGAGAAGAAAACAGAAGAAGCACCAGCAACGCCUCAAAUAGAGGAUAAAAAACCUCCGAGUACACUAGAGAAGACGAUGGAGAACUGAAGUACUCUCUGCACUGCUAAGAAUGUCGAGUGUUCUAUAUACAAUGCAGAAUACUAAACCAUAUUCAAUCAGAAGAUCACCGCCUUUUCCUUUCAGCCAACGCGUAUUAGCGGGAAGGAGUCAAUUCUUUUGAAGGAUCAAUAUUUUGUACCAUUUUGUGUGUGGUUUGGGCUUGAAUUAUUUUGUAGGAUCAAUACUCUGCAACAUAUUCUGUGUGAUUUGAGAUUUGUGACAUUAUAUAUGUUUUCCCCUUGUCUACUUGUGUGUCUGUAUUGGUAGAGGUUUGCUCUAAAGACCAAAUCUUUUUUGUACAAUAUAAUACAUUUUCAUUGUAUCUGCAUCUUCACAUUUAUUGGCUGAUUAGUCUGCAUAAUGAAAUCUUUUGUGGUAUCCA